AGGAGGGAGGCCCUUAAAACCCCAAUUAUCCCCAUAUUGCUAGCGACAAAUGUAGAUGAACGCUGCCUAUGAAUCCCUUUGAUUUGUAUUCUUGAGUUAUCUGUCUUUGAAAAGUGAGGUGGAGUGUAAGUCUAAACGGUAGUAGCAGCUCUGUCAAUGAUAGAGUCGAAAGAAAAAUUUAUUUUCGUUUGCAAAAAACGUAGAGCUAGAGAGAGGAACUCUAGUGCUGCGCUCCUAAAUCCUUUCCUCUCUAUGACUGAUGGAUUUUCGCGGGGGAUGAAGUAUUUGAAACUUCGCAUUGUGUGUACCUGUACUACUAGCUCCGUGCAUCGUGACUAGUCAGAGAAAAUGUCGUGGUUAUUCGCUGGUUCUGGUUUGUUCGGGGGUGCGCAAAAGUCCUUGGAAAAUGACGUUGCUGAAGAUAGCGGCGAUGAAGCGGCGUUACCGAUGGGUAGUGAAUGCGAGGACAGUGACUGCGCGGGCCUUCCGUUCAGCGACGAUGACUCUGCUGGGUUUUAUGAAGAUCGAUCUGUAGGAGAAGCAGACGUCGACCACAUGAACGAUGUGAUUGGCGGUGGCCUCAACUACUCCCCGCAGCUCAUCACGGUCGACCGGGCGAACGACUUGGACCGGCUGUACUUCGAAUAUGGUCCUGACAUGCAUGGAAAGUACCAAUUCUUUCGGGAAGACAAAGCUGCUCGAACCAUGCAGCGUGGGGGGAAAGACUACCUGCGCAGGAAGCGUGCGGAGGAAAUGAGGCGGACCCACGCUGCGAAGACUAUUCAACGCGAGCAACGCGGGAAGAUCGCGCGGCGAAAACGCAGGGAGUACGUUGGCACAAGGUCGGAAGAGAUGCGGCGAAACAGCGCGGCCAAGACGAUUCAGCGGGAGCAUCGCAAGCAAACGCAGGCGAAGCGGGACAAGCGCGCAUUGGAGGAGCAGAUCUUGAGGGACAGUCUUGUCCUGAAGGACCGGUCAGAGUCGAUGCGACGUGAACAUGCGGCACUCGUGGUCCAGAAAGCCUGGCGUGCGCGCCAGGAAUUCGAAAAGGAUCGUGCUGGACGACGCGCAAAGUCUGAAGAUUUCUGUCGCGAACACGCGGCGAGAACGAUUCAAAAAGAGGCCCGCGCGUCUUCGCAGAGGCGGAGCGAUAAGCGGGAACGCUAUGCGAAGAGCGACGACUUCAAGCGAGAUCACGCGGCAAAGACUAUUCAAAGAGAGCAUCGAGCCGGGGCAGCGCGACAGAAGGAGAAAGCGGAUGCGGCAGCGGCGCGGCGAUCUGAGAUGGAGGCGCGACUAGCGGAGUUUGACCGAAAAAUGAAGAGCGAGGGCUUGCGCGAGCACCGCGCGGCAAAGGCCAUUCAGCGUGGCUUCCGGACAACGCAGCCAACGCGACAGGACCGCAACGAGCGGCGCGCCAAGGCGGACGAGUUCCGGAAAGACCGUGCUGCGGUCUCCAUUCAGCGGCUGCAUCGUGAAAACGUCGGACGCACGCGCGAAGCCCGCAUGAAGCGUGCCAACAGCAUUUAUCUUUUUGAGCAGCGCCGCAAGAUGCUUCGUGAGAUGGAGCUCGACUUGCUAGCCGAGGAGGAGCAAGCAGGCAUGUUCAGCUCUAUGUGCGGUGUCAAGUCACGGCGGGCUUCGGCGCCGGCCAAGCCGCCACGCAAACCAGUGACCGGCAAAAACAGCUCCUCGACGACGGACACUCUGGAUUGGGACGCCGUUGCGGCGGGCGGCGGUACAAAGCACGCCCUUGGGAGUGCGGAGGAGCCGCGAAUCGUGCGGCAGCUGCGCAGUCGGCGAAGCCGUGUCUCGCACUUAACUGACGAAGAUCUGCUGCAAGAACGGCUCGCGGAGCUGCAGCGUAAGUACGAGGCGGACGCCGAAGUGCGAGAAAAACGAGCUGUGCAACUAACAGCCGGCGCUGGUGAUGACGAGAACAUUUUUUGGGAACCCGGCAAUGAAGAGGGGCUCGCAAUGCUUGGAGAGGAUGGGGAAAUCAUCGAUGGCGGAGAAGGAGAGGCUGCCGGCGCCGAUGCGCGCAUGAUUGAGGGUGGCUUCGACGAGAAUAACAUUGAUGCUAUCUAUCAGGAAAUGGGUGGAUUCCCUGGAACGCCACCUGGGGACCCGAAAUCCAAGCACCGGUCUGUCAAUUUCAAUUUGAAAGGUAAUCAUAGAUCACGGCGACUUCGCCCCGAUGAUGGCAUUCAGAAAAUCGUCGGUGUGAACACUUCGACCGUGACUGCAAUGUCUGUGCGCAGUGACCGGAUUCGAAGUGCCUACACGAUGCGACGGAACAGCGCGGCGAAGGUAAUCCAGAAAAAACACAGAGAGAAUUCCGCGGCGAACAAGAAGCGGGAAGAAAGGGAUGCCAAACUAGAGGAAAUAAGGCAGAAUCGUGCAGCUAAGACGAUUCAAAAAGCAGAAAGAGACAAGCAACAGAGAAGGAAAGACGUAUUGUUCUAAGUAUUUGAGAAGAUGAUUAUAUAUACAUAUUUAUACUGUUGCUGCUGCUGCUGCUGCUGCACAUCAACUAAAUCGAAAAGUGAUUCUUCUUCGCGCGACCAAUAUAAUUUCAGUCGAAAAAUCAUCGACCUAUAAAUAUAUGGUCAUUUUUUUCCACUAGUACCUCUACCCGUAGUCGUCUCUCGUCUCCUGUCCCUCAUUUCGAUUUACAAACAAAUCAGGCCAAGCUUAAGAGAAGUCGACGCUUUCCUUUCUGCUUGUGCGGCGGUUUCGGUCGAGGUAAGGCAAAGAACGAUUUUCCAGAGGAGCCAGUGGACAAAGCGGCCCAGACUAGUAAGGACACCGUGAAGGACAUUGACAUUGAAGAUACCUACGGUCUGGGUGAGGGCGCCAGCAACGACGGAACGGGACUCGAAGACACCAAAGUCCUGGGAACUCCCUGUGGCAGCACGAGACGGGAGCACAGUGGGUCAGACGAAGGCACGCCAGUCACUGGUUCCGAAGAGGAUGCAACCAUGAGUUUGGUGUCCCACAGUGAGGAGGAGAAGGUGCGUGAAGCUGCUCGUGCUCAUCACGAUGAGGGAGGUCAUAAGGAUGCUGCAGUUGCAGAGCAAGAGGAGAAUGCGAAGAUCGAACCCGCGAGUGCAGCUCUAAAAGCAGGCGCAACUGCAAAAUCUAAAAGGUUGAUUAUGGGUGUGAAAGCCUCUUUUUUUGCUGGUAAGGUAAGGUUUGGUGGAGCUUGAAAUCUUUACAACUGAUUCGAUCGCAUAUUGAACACAGGAAACAAAAACUUGGUUUUUCUGUCGUGGAAGAUGUUUAGGUACUUACCUGGUACUAUCAUCAUGUAGAGUGUGGAUCAUAUUUCCGCGUGAGCAAAGAUGUGUUAGAAAGCAUGAAUGAGCAGGGAUGAUA